GAUCGGUGUGCUCAGAGGAAACGUGGGCGACUCUGUACGAAUUUAUCCGCUCUUGCUCUUUUAACGAUACGGCAGCGUUCUUGUUUGGUAAUUUUUUUUUUUCGAACGCGAUCAUCGCACGAACAUCUGUACAAACAUGUGACUAAAUUUUAAAAUUUUUAUUCGUUUACCUUGGCACGUCGGGAUGGUAUUGAUCGUCGUGUAAAUGUAUACCAACAACAGGAUCUAUCCAAGCUUUUCUCUCUGUCUCGCUACCUGUACCUACGUUUAUCUGCCUGCUAAGUGCUACCUAUCUGCGUGCCCUGUGCUAGUUUGUGAUUUGAUUGUGAAACGCCAUGCCAUGCGCGAAUAUGUAUUCAAUCGUUCGUCUCACGGUAGUAGUGCUUUUUUGUAACAUUUUCAUCUACAAUUAAUGGAACCGCAAGAUAUGUGUGUUUGGAUGAUGACAAAGAUCACCUCGAUUAUCAGCGGAGUUCCCAAAAAGAACAAGCAGAAUGUAUCCAUGCACGCGCAAAACAGUUCGCGAAUUGUGCAGAAGCAGCCAGCCGAAUCGAUCUGUAGAAACAACACGUAUUCGAGCAACUCUGUCAAAAAAUCGCGCCGAAAAAAUGAUCACUCUUUUCUCGAGUUCCUAGCUUUGAAUGCAUUAGGAUUAGCAGCACCAGCCAGCGAUGUGUUACUCAGACGACAACACAGCAGCUCGGCUGUUGCCAAAGAAUCGGAACCGAUUAGUAAUACCACGACGAGUACGAAAAUUUCGAACCAAUCGUGGUUCCAAUUAUCAGGACAUCCGGAUUGUUUUGCGCCAGCUGGACCUGGAACUAUUUGGAAGAAAUGCAGUGGCGGUACCGAACGCAAUGUUUACGAAGCUCUAUCGCAAGAACCCGCUUUGAAAGAUAUUGUACCGAGAUAUCUACGCGAAGUCGAAUACGCCGGAGAAACGUUUAUCGAAUUGCAAGACUUACUACACGGUUUCAGAGAUCCUCACGUGAUGGAUAUUAAAAUGGGUACGAGGACGUUUCUAGAAUCCGAAGUACAGAAUACGUUCGCCAGGGAAGACUUAUAUUUAAAAAUGAUCGCAGUUGAUCCUAAUGCACCUACUGCCGAAGAACAUACAUCCAGGGCUGUGACUAAAUUACGUUAUAUGCAGUUUAGAGAGGAGCAGAGUUCCACUAGUACGUUAGGAUUUAGAAUCGAAGCUAUGAAGUUCCGUGGCUCGAAACCUGUAACCGAUUUGAAAAAAGUCAAAAGCUCGCCAGAAGUUAGCGACACAUUAUCAUUGUUCCUCAGUAACAGAGAAGAUAUCAGACAAAGACUGGUGACAAGACUGACGGAAAUCCGCACCACUUUAGAGCAGUCGCAGUAUUUUAGAACUCACGAAGUAGUCGGAAGCAGUAUAUUAAUUAUAUACGACGACGUUAAAGUAGGCGCGUGGUUAAUAGAUUUCGCCAAAACCAGACCCGUUCCUUCGGAUAAAAUUUUGACUCAUAGACUUCCUUGGUCUCCGGGCAAUCACGAAGAGGGGUUCCUCUAUGGCUUGGAUAUGCUGAUUAACAAGAUGGAAAAUAUUAAAAUUCCAUUGAACGUGAAGACUGAAGCAUCAACGCCUUCGGUUCUACUGACGUCAUGAACAGUUUUCGCACCGUAAACAAGAAAAAAUGAGAGAAAAUAGAGACCACCACGUGUUUAUGACUUGCAUAAUCUAGUCAUUUAUAUUUCAGGAAAAAAAAACGGUUGAAACCUGUUUGUGUUCAUGUUCCUAGUUUACAUUUGUUAACUGUUUAAAUUAAUACAUAUAAAUUUAUUGAUCGUAGUCGUAAAUCUUUUGAAAACAUUUGUUAACAAAAUUGCGCAUAAAUUCGUGUAAAAGUUUCCUUUUUCUCCCUCCUUAAUUUUUGUUUUGUAAAUUUGUUCGAUUUUUAUUUAAUUUAUUUUUUUGUACGAUUAUAAUAUGUAUUUUUCCAUCUACCUAGAGCGAAGUUUUAAAUUUAUAUUUUUAUACGACGUUUUAAAUUGAAAAAAAGAAUUACUAUCGGUCUUCCAUAAUUCAUACUUAAUUUGAAGAACGUUUUUGGUACAUGCCUUUUUGUAUAGUGUAACGACGAAAACCAAUAUCGGUUUGUUGUAAACCUGCCUUAAUUUGCAUUUAUUUAAACAAACGAGUGUAGGUUUUGUAACUCGAUGAAAAAUUCAUCUCGUCGAGACCUAUGUAAUGAUUUUUAUUUAAUUUUAGAAUUCCAUCUUUUUUUUUUUUUGUAGUUCUUCUUCUUCCUUAAUAAUGGAGUAAUGUGUAUUAUUUUUUGUACAGUGUUUGAGAAUUUUACUAUUAGAGAGAUGUUUUGUACUAAAAUUUUUAAUUUAAGUGUGGCUAUUUUUAUUGUGCUUCCAUUUUAGUACCUACCUAUUUCAUGUCUCUUACUACGUUUGUAUGAUACUUUUUUUAUUAUGCCAUAUACGAAUAAUACGUAAGUCGAAGAAUCGAUUUCAAUAAAAUAAUUUUCAUUUA